AUGCCGAAAGUUAAACAUCUAGUUGUUAAAUCCCCUAACUAUCUAUCUGACCAUAGUCAAGUUAUAACCUGGAUUAACUUACACCAAACCACUAACACUAUUAAUAAUACUCCCUUACAACCCCCAAUAUCAAAAUUACCACUACAAUAUAUUUGGAACAAUGAAUCAAAUGAGAAUUUUAAAAAAGCGUUAAAAUCAGAUGAACUACAAGAGAAACUAAGCACAUUCCUUGAAAAUGAUUUCUCUUCUGACAGAGAGGGCAUAAACAAAUGUGUCAAUGAAUUUGAAAACAUUAUUAACCUUGCAUCCAAAAAAUCUCUUAAAAUCAAAAAGAAGAAAUAUAGACGAAAAAUUAAUAAUGUUGCAAACAAAAAAUGGUUUGAUAAAGAUUGUAGAUUUAAAAGACACCAGCUUAGAAAACUUGCAAAUCAGAAACAUAGAGAUCCAAACAACACUGAAAUUAGAAGUGCAUACCAUACUGCUUUGAAAGACUAUAAAAGCACUUUAGAAAUAAAAAAGAAAAAUUUCCAUUUCGAUAAAAUCCAAGAAAUUGAAAAUGCUAGCAACGAUCCACUGCUAUUUUGGAAAACAUUAAAAAAUAUCAGUGACGAUCUUGAUUUUAAUGAAACUAAGAAAAGCCCACAACCAAGUGAAUGGCUGAAUCAUUUUGAAACACUUCAUUCAGAACAUCAAUUAAACAAGGAACAAAACGAAAUCGUUGAAUGCCUGAAAAACUAUGAAAAAAUCAAAGACAACUUAACCGAACUUGAUUACAUCAUCACAGAAGAUGAACUAAAUCUAGCAUUGGAAUUCUCUCUAAAGCUUUUCUAA